CCGGAGAUCUGCCUGACGCCGAAUGGCUUGCAUAAAUCCCAGACAGGGCCGAUGUCAUAUAGCGGUAGACCCUGGGUGUGCCCGCUGGCUGCGUCCUUGACAUCUGCACUCAUGUAGACGCCAGCGUUUGACAGUCCCAGUUGUUCGGCAACACUGCGUCGUUCGUCGCGAUGGCGAUAGACCCACUAUCAUCGAUACCCAUGUGGGUAUGUCUCCUAUUAUCCGUCGCACUGAUCGCCGUUCGGGUCGGUUUCCGGCUGUGGAAGAAGCAACGUCUCAUCCGAGGCGACUACUGGUGCUUGUUGGCUGCCUUGUUUACCGUCGCACGUCUGGUCGCCAACUACUACCUGUUGAUCUAUGGCUCCACACGAAUAUUAUCGCCAGCACGCCGCCUGCAACUCCUCGAACCCGAAUAUGAGUCUGCAGCGUCCCAAGUCGUGAUAGGAAGCAAACUGGUCUUGGCGACUCGAGCGAUGCUAACAUGCUUACUGUGGUGCCUGAAGAUGGCCGUUUUCGAUCUUCUGGCAAGACUCAUCUCCAAGAUGCCCUACGAACGUACCCUUGUGUACAGCUUCUGGGCCGUGCUACUUACUACCUUCAUCGCAUCCAUAACAACUAUCUACGCUGGAUGUCGUCCUUUCGAGACACACUGGCAGAUCUAUCCUGAUCCUGGAGAUUGUGUUAUUGGAAAUUUAUGGCUUAUCACAUACGAAGCGAGCAAUAUCGUGACCGAUUUGAUGCUUAUGGCUCUGUCCUUCACGCUAGUUUGCUCGGUGAGAGUCCCCAUGAUACAACGUUUGCGCGUUAUGGCGCUAUUCAGCAUCGGCAUCUUCCUUGUUGCAAUCAGUAUCAUCCGCAUCAUCCAAGGCAAGGACUCCCGUGCUCAGCGUGGUCACACCCUGUGGGCAUCGCUCGAGAUAUUGCUGGCUGUAGUCGUCGCAGUGACUCCAACGAUAUAUGCGCUUGCACACGGCCGACAUGAAGACAGCUCUUUUGACAGAACCCAUAUGUCUGAGUAUCCGAGAGGCCGCACAUUCUCCGAUGGCACUAUCUCAGGGGACAAGGACCCCGGCGCCAGGUGGACCGAGAUGCAUGACGACACACUAAACAAACUAGACAGCGCAAGCUCGCAAAGAGCGUUGGUCGAUAUGCGACAUCAAUCGCUCGACGCAAGAAUUGUAUGACGUUCACUCGUU